AUGUUCAGACUUACCAUCUGCGCCACCCUCCUCGCUUUCACCGCUGCUCAGGUGCCAGGUACAGUUCAUUCUUCAUGCCCUAUUCCAUUAUUUUAUCAUUUUCUCUUAUGAUAACUGUCUCCUCCUUACCUUCUCAUUUCCAGUGGCUCCUCUGUACUCUGCGUGCAGUGCCGCUGUCGCGUGUGCCGCUCCGGCCGUCUGCCAGGCUUCGGUUUGUGUCCCGGUCGCUGCUGCUCCUCCAGUGAGUCAUCCUUCCCCUUAACCUCUUCUUCAUCUUCCUCUCUAGGUCUUUGCUGCUCCAGCUCCACUCCCAGCCUAUGCUCCUGCUUACGCUCCGGCUCCAGUCUAUGCUCCGGCCCCGGCCCCAGUCUUCGCUGCUCCACUCGCUUCCCCACCAGUGAUCGCCGCCCAGCCAGCCCUCGGAUGUGCCGCCCCGUGCGUUGGAGCCGCUCAAUGCGUCGCCGGAGCCUGCGCCUGCGCCAACCCGGCUAUCGCCUACUCGCCAGUCAUCGGAUGCCAGCCAGCCAUCCCAGUUGCCCCGGCUCCAGUUGUCGCCGGACGUCUCAUCCCACAAGCGCUCCCAGGAUCGCCAUGUGAGCCAGGAGUCGAGUGCACCGGAGGAUCCGUCUGCUCCGUCGGAGUGUGCCUCUGCCCACCAGAGCUCAUCCAGGAAGGAACCGUGUGCGUCGCCCGCACCAUCUACGGAGUCGUCCCGCCACCAGUCAUCCCAGUCGCCCCAGUCAUCCCAGUUGCUCUCGGAGCCCCAUGCGCCGCUGCUCCAGUCGCCAUCGCCGCCGCCCCAGCUUGCGUCCCAGGAGCCGUCUGCUCUGCCGGAGUCUGCCAGUGCGCCGCCACCUUUGAGCCAGUCGCCGGAGCCUGCGUUCGCAGACGUCUUUAAGAUGGUAGGCUCGCCAAGAUUCCAGGCGUAAAUUGCAUUGCUAAUUCAGAUUGACAACUAA